AUGUCAGAAGUUGAAAAAGUAUCAAUUUUGGGUGCCAAAACCAUUCAUGUUGGGUAUGGUAUUCAGGACCACAUUGUUGAAGAAACCAUUACAAAUACGGCUUCUUCGACAUAUGUGAUUAUAACUGAUACUAAUAUGGCUAGCACCCAACCAUUUAUAAAGUUGGUUGAGAAGUUUACAAAAAAAUUAAACGAAAAGAGACCUGAAUCUCGUCUCCUUAGAUAUAAUGUAUCCCCAGGUGAAAACAAUAAGAGUAGAGAGACCAAGGCUGCGGUCGAAGACUUUUUAUUGCAACAAGGAUGUACUAGAGAUACUAUCAUUAUUGCUGUAGGUGGGGGUGUUAUCGGUGAUAUGAUCGGUUUUGUAGCUGCCACCUUUAUGAGAGGAGUUAGACUCAUUCAAGUUCCUACUAGUUUAUUAUCGAUGGUCGAUUCUUCAAUUGGAGGUAAGACUGCCAUUGAUACUCCUUUAGGUAAGAAUUUUAUUGGAGCAUUUUAUCAACCACAAUAUGUUUUCGUCGAUGUAUCGUUCUUAGAAACUUUACCAACAAGGCAAUUUAUAAAUGGUAUGGCUGAAGUAGUGAAAACUGCUGCUAUUUGGAAUGAGAAAGAAUUCGUAAGACUUGAAGAAUUUGCUGAAAAGUUCAUUUCUGUGGUGACUCAAAAUGACAUUGAGCUCAGUACGAUAAGGGACGAUUUAGUUAAGACAGUUUUAGAAUCUAUUAAAGUUAAAGCUGAUGUUGUGUCGUCGGAUGAAAAAGAGGCAAGUUUAAGAAACCUUCUUAAUUUCGGACACACAAUAGGACAUGCUAUUGAAGCCAUUUUAACUCCACAAGCGUUGCAUGGUGAAUGUGUGUCUAUUGGUAUGAUUAAGGAAGCAGAAUUAGCAAGAUAUUUAGGUAUAUUAUCUCCUGUUGCUGUUGCAAGGUUAUCUAAAUGUCUUGUAUCUUACCAAUUACCUGUUUCACUAGAUGAUAAGAUAUUCUCAAAAAGAGUUGGCAACAAACGUCAUUAUGUUGUAAUUGAUACUUUAUUAGAAAAAAUGCUUAUAGAUAAGAAAAACGAUGGUAGUAAAAUCAGGUGUGUUAUAUUAGAAGCUAUUGGUAAAUGUUACCAAUUGAAGGCACAUCAAAUAUCAAAAGAAGAAUUGAAGUUCGUUUUAACUGAUGAAGUAUUAGUACAUCCAUUUGACGCAGAACAAGUCCCAAGUACCAAUACAAUCAUUCCACCUGGUUCCAAAUCUAUUUCGAAUAGAGCGUUGGUUUUGGCAGCCUUAGGUUCUGGUACCGUUAGAAUCAAAAACUUGUUACAUUCUGAUGACACUAAGCAUAUGUUAGAUGCCGUAUCUCAUUUGAAAGGUGCAGAAAUAACUACUGAAAAUAACGGUGAAACUGUUGUCUUAAAAGGUAAUGGAGGUAAGAUGGUAACAUGUGAACAAGAAUUGUACUUAGGAAAUGCUGGUACAGCAUCGAGAUUUUUAACCACUGUUGCUUCACUAGUUGGCAUUAAUCAGUCUUCUUCGAACAAACAUGUUAUUUUGACAGGUAAUGCUAGGAUGCAGGAGAGACCAAUCGGCCCACUUGUUGAUGCGUUAAGAUCGAAUGGUUCAUCUAUUGAUUAUAUGAAUAAGGAAGGUUCGUUACCAUUGAAAAUUGAAGCGGGUAAAGGCAUAAAGGGUGGUAGAGUUGAAUUAGCUGCUACUAUCUCUUCUCAAUAUGUUUCAUCCAUCUUAAUGUGCGCCCCUUACGCACAAGAACCAGUUACAUUAUCAUUGGUGGGAGGUAAACCUAUCUCGCAGUUAUACAUCGAUAUGACUAUUUCCAUGAUGAAAUCCUUUGGUAUUAAUGUUACGAGGUCAACUACGGAAGAGCAUACUUAUCAUAUACCAAAAGGUGCAUAUGUGAAUCCAUCUGAAUAUGUUAUUGAAUCUGAUGCGUCUUCAGCAACUUAUCCAUUAGCAUUUGCAGCUAUGACAGGCACUUCAUGUACUGUUCCAAAUAUUGGAUCUUCGUCAUUACAAGGAGAUGCAAGAUUUGCAGUCGAUGUUUUAAAACCAAUGGGAUGUAAAGUUGAUCAGACUGCUACAUCUACUACAGUAACAGGUCCACCAAAAGGACAGUUGAAACCAUUACCACAUGUUGAUAUGGAGCCAAUGACAGAUGCAUUUUUAACGGCUUCAGUUGUUGCAGCCAUUGCUAAUGAUCCGUAUCAGUCGACGUCAAUUACUGGAAUUGCUAACCAAAGAGUUAAAGAAUGUAAUAGAAUUGAGGCUAUGAUUACUGAAUUAGCAAAAUUUGGUGUCAAGGCCGAUGAAUUACCCGACGGAAUUAGAAUCAACGGUAUUGAUUACCAUAAUUUAACUACUCCUUCUAUUAAGGCAAGAGGAAUAAAGGCAUAUGAUGACCAUAGGGUUGCUAUGUCGUUCUCAUUAUUAGCUGGUAUGUGUGUAAACCCUGUGUUGAUCCAAGAAAGAUCCUGUACUGGUAAGACAUGGCCUGGAUGGUGGGACAUUUUGCAUACGAAGUUCAAGGCAACUCUUGACGGUUAUGAAUUACCAAUCAAUACUGACGAUCCAUCAUUGUUGAUUGACAAACAUGCAAAUGGUGAUAGAAGUAUAAUUGUUAUUGGUAUGAGAGCUGCAGGUAAAAGUACAUUAUCCAAAUGGAUGGCCUCCUUCAUGGGAUUUAAGUUUCUUGAUUUGGAUGAAGUUCUUGAGGAAAAGUAUGGUAUUAAGAUUAGACCAUUUAUCAAGGAAAACGGUUGGGAUGAAUUCCGUAGAUUGGAGGCCAUUGUAGCCAAAGAAUGCUUUGAAACUUAUAAGAAAGGAUAUGUUCUUUCAACAGGUGGAGGUAUUGUUGAAGGUAAAGAAGCUAGAGAAUCAUUGAAAGAGUACGUAAAAUCCGGAGGUAUUGUGCUACACUUACAUCGUGAUUUGGAUGAAACCGUUGUCUUUUUAUCAGCAGAUACUACAAGACCUGCUUUUGUCAAUGAGAUUAAGGAUGUAUGGAUCAGAAGAGAAGGAUGGUACCAUGAAUGCUCGAACUAUCACUUCUAUUCAUCUCAUUGUUCAAAUGAGCUAGAAUUCAAGCAUUUGAGAAAUUCGUUUAUCAGUUACUUGAAGACCAUCACUGGCCUUCACGUCACAGAGAUCCCUAAAAAGAGAUCGGCGUACGUGAGCUUGACAUAUCCAGAUUUAAAUGAAGUGACUGAUUCUUUAGAGGAAAUAGCCACUGGAUGUGAAGCAAUUGAAUUAAGAAUUGAUCUUUUGAAGGAUUAUUCUAAGUCGUUCGUUGCCGAUCAAACAGCGACUUUAAGAAAGUAUGUAAAUCUUCCGAUCAUCUACACUAUCAAAACAGAGUCACAAGGUGGUAAAUUUUCAGAUCAUGAAGUGGAACAAAUUGAAGAAUUGAGUUAUUUGGGUAUUAAAUUAGGGGUAGAGUAUUUGGAUAUUCAAUUAAAUUAUCCUAAUGCAUUGAUUCACAAAAUAAUGGAAAGAAAGGCAUUUACCAGGAUAAUUGGUUCGUACCAUGAUAAGAGUGGUCUUUUGGACUGGAAGAAUGUUGAAUGGGAUAACAAAUACAAUCAAGCAGUUUCUUUACAGGUCGAUAUUAUUAAAUUGACUGGGGUUGCUUCAUGUUUCCAAGACAAUUUAGAUUUAGAAACUUUUAGAUCGCCACAUGAUUUAAAACCCUUGAUUGCAGUUAAUUUGGGUGAGAGCGGCAAGUUAUCAAGUGUGUUAAAUAAAGUUUUAACCCCAGUGACACAUUCUUUAUUACCACCUGAUGCUACUAGUGCCCAAUUAACAAUCGAUGAAGUAAACAAGUCCUUUGCAGAAAUCGGUGGCUUUGUCAACAAGAAAUUUUGGGUCGUCGGCUAUCCAAUAAUGCAUUCGAGGUCUCCACAUUUGCACAAUGCGGCAUACAAGAAGUUGAAUCUUCCUUAUGUGUUUGACAGACUCGAAACUGAUGAUGCAAGCGAGGUAUACGAGAAGUUGAUGAAACAAGAGAACUUUGGUGGAUUAGCAGUGACAAUGCCUUUGAAAUUGGAUAUAAUGAAGUAUUUGCAUGAAUUAUCUGAUGCGGCUAAGGCUAUUGGUGCUGUCAACACUGUUAUUCCAUUGGAAGGUAAACCAGGCCAGUUCUUGGGUGACAACACUGACUGGGUAGGAAUCACUAACUCCUUCACCAGAUACGGGGUCCCAAGUAUUGAAAACUCGAAUGUCAACGGGCUUGUUGUAGGUGGUGGAGGCACAUCAAGAGCGGCCGCAUUUGCAUUGCACGAAAUGGGGUGCCAGACCAUCUACAUGAUGAACAGAACGUCAUCGAAACUCUACGACAUCAAAAACUCGCUUCCAGCACUGUUCAACAUCGAGAUCUUGGAAUCGGUCGACCAAGUGGACGCCGCCAAGCCAGUCUCAUUGGUCGUCUCGUGCGUGCCCGCUGAUAAACCUAUCGACGACAACCUCCUCAACAUGUUGGAAAGAAUGCUCCACCAAGGUAUCCUCAUCAAGCACGGCUCCUUUACGCCAACUUUGCUCGAGGCCACCUACAAGCCAAGACUUACGCCGGUGAUGAGAAUUGCCGAGGAAAAGUUCGAGUGGAAUGUUAUCCCUGGUGUUGAAAUGCUUGUCAACCAAGGUGAAAGGCAAUUCCAGCUUCACACCGGUUUCACCCCUCCUUACAGUGUUAUUCACCACGCUGUGGUCUCCGAAUAG